AUGAGACCUGAUAAGAUAUCGUUUGUUGCUAAAUCAGAUUUGCUCAUUUGUGCAUUUGGGUCACAAUAUAUGAAAAAUCAUAGAGAAAUGCAUUUUGUGAAUGUAAUUUCUAGAAAAAUGAGAGAACUAGCUAAAUUGUUAAUUGAAAUAAGAAAAAAAGAUCAAUCGGUGAAAGAUUUAUUAGGUGCACUUAAUCCGAAAUAUUAUGAUCUUAUAGUGUCAGCUACAAAGGUUGUAGGUAAAUAUGACUCGGAAAAAGAUAGAUUUGAUUCGCCUACAUUUGCAAUGAAUAUUUCUACUAGCAUAAAGCAGUGCUGCAAUAUAGCAUUUAUGCUUGCAUUAAAAAAACAAGGGCCAUACAUGGAAGUAAACACUGCUGAAAUAGAAGCGGGCCUCAAAACUUUGAUACACCUUAUAGAUUCUAAUUGGAAAUAUGAUGUUUCAAGUCAGGCUGCGUCCGAUCUAAACAAAAAAAAGUGGAAUAAAGUUACCAUAAUACCUUUAGCAAAUGAUUUAAAAAUUUUAAAAAAAUUUCUUAACAAACACGCUGAAGAAGCUGCCAAUAAAAUUAAAGAAGGUUCUUAUCACCUUGGGGUAUACAUACAAUUAUUAGAGACAAUAUAUUGCAGAGUUUUGCUACUGAAUCGGCGCAGACCUGGGGAACUUCAAAGAAUUACGCUACAUGAUUACUUGGAAAAUGACCUAAAUACUUCUGAAAAAUAUGAAGAAUUCGAUCGAACGCUAAGUGCAUCUGAGCGAGUUUUAGUAAAAACAUUUAAACGAGUUGUUGUUAGAGGCAAACGAGGACGUGAGGUUCCCGUGUUAUUUAGUAAAGAAGUUCAAGGUGAUAUAAAACUUCUGCUUACAAUAAGGGACAAAUUUGUUUCUACAACAAAUAAAUUACUGUUUGGGAACCCAGGAUUUGAGAACUCGAUAUAUGGGUAUAAAGUUUUGGAAAGGUACUCGAGAUUAUCUGGAGCAAAAAAUCCGAAAGCAAUUUCUUCCACAAGACUGAGAAAACAUUUAGCGACGCUAUCACAAAUAUUUAGUAUGUCUGAAAAUGAUCUGGAACAAUUAGCUACGUUCAUGGGGCAUACUAAUGAAGUUCAUAAGAAAUCGUAUAGAUUGCCAGAUGAUGUGUAUCAAACUGCUAAAAUUUCAAAACUUCUAAUACUUAUGGAAGAUGGAAAAGCAGAUGCUUAUAGAGGGAAAGGUUUAGAUGGAAUAGAUUUAGAUCUAAAUGAAGAAUUGCAGGAAGAAGAAAAAAUUGUAAAUGAUGAUAUUUUAGAUUUCGAUUUACCCACACCACAAUUGUCAGUUGAAAAUUCUUGUGUACAACCUGGAAUUUGGAUUGAAAAUAAAAUAUCUGAACCUAAUCACCAGGUGAUGACAAUAACAGAUAAAAGAAUUGAAAAAGGGAAAAAGAGAAACUUAGUACCCUGGUCUAUGGAACAAAAGAAAGUUGUUACCAAAUUUUUCAAGAGCCAUAUACAAAAUAAAAAACCUCCCAGAAAAUUAGAAUGCGAAAAUUUAAAAGGACAAUACCCAGAACUGUUACAAAAUAAAGACUGGCUCAAAAUUAAAGUUUUUAUUCAAAAUAUUUAUUCUAAAAAAUAG